AUGCGUUUAUUCGUUGGUUACAAAUCAUCAAAUCAAAGCUUUAAACAAUUAGAAGUAGAAACUGAAAGAGGUGAUGCCGGUUAUCUUCAGAUGGAAUGCGCCCGUGAAUCUUUUGCAUUUGCAACAUAUAAACCAAAAUCAGAAAGGAAAGUUAAAAAGUUUGUUCAUUCGUUAUAUAAUAAUGUUCAAAAAUAUGAUAACUCAGUAUGUGGUAAAUAUAUUGACCCUUCAGAAGUUUUCAAGAAAGCAAAUGAUGAAGUUGAUGUCACUUUUGAUAUGAUUAUUCCGGUAAAUGAUUUGUUAGCAUUUCAAGCGUUCGAUGAUUAUCCUAAAUCAUUUGGUGAAAUCAUUCUUAAAUAUUAUGUUUUCAGGGAUACUUUAGUAUUUUGUCAGGUUGACCCGUUAAGAGUUGCUGAUUUACAAAAUUAUGUUUAUGAAAAGAUAACUGAUGAAAAUUAUGAAAAGAUUAUGAAUCAUGUUUAUAAAUAUGAUCGCAAAUUCCAACAAAUCGGACUUUCUGCCAAAUUAAUGACAAGCUUAGCCGCUACAUCUGCUGACGCAACAGUUGAUGACGUUAUUAUUUCAUGCACAAAGAUGGAAGUUUUAGAGGAUAAAUGCAUUACACCAGGAUACGGUUUAAUUGAAGAAUCAGUUAAAGCAAUACCACGUUUAUUUAGUAAGGAAGAUCCAUUCAUGAUUCCAGCUCAACAUAUUGACGUUCGUUCACUAAAUGGAGGUUGCAUCACUCCUGAAGGUAUCAGCUCAGAUUUCUCAUACGCUCUUCAUAAUGUUUCAGAUGUUGUGUUAGCAUUUCCGAAGAAUGCAAUGCAAAGAACAGUUUUAGAAAAUCCAAUGCUUCGAGGUCUUCAGGUCACUAUAGAUUCCAGAAACUUCCCCGAUCAAGCGAUGACCACAGUGGGUGA